GGCUAGUCGCACGCGGACGCGCCGCCAGAGUCACGUCCAAACGCUCGUCGGUUGUGCAUGUCGCCGAACGCGUUUUUCGUCCCGUCAUCGCGAAAUUUGCCGCGUACGGAAUUAUUAAAAAAAUUAUUAAAAAUUAUAUUGACGAAAUUAUUAAAAAAAAAACUAUUAGACAAUAUUAUUAUAAUAUUUUGAAAGAACUUAUCGGAAUAUAAGACAGAGACGAUCGAGCGCGUUCGACUGACGACGAAAUGUGAUCGAUUUGCCGCCGCCGUGACUGUUUUUUUUUUUUUUUUUUAGUUCAAAUUCGUGUGCUCGUUUUGGUUUUGGUUGGCAUGCGAAAUUCGAUGUGGGACUGCGGUGACUUCACGGGUUAUCGCCAAGAAGAAGCGGCGGCGGCGUACAAAAUAUAACUACGACUACGAUACGACCUGUGGACACCUGCGGACAAAAUGAGUCUGUUCAACACGUCGUACCUGAUGGGCAACGACACGACUGGAGGAUGGGGUCCCAGGUACUUUUUCACGUUCUACUCGGAGUUCGGCGACGAGCAGGCCGAGUCGGCCGUGGAGGUUACCGUGUUCAUGGUGAUAUUCGCUGCGUCCGUCGUGGCCAACGUGUCCAUCGCCUGGGCCGUGCUCAGGUACCGGGAGAUGCGCACCGUCACCAACUGCUUCCUACUCAACCUCACCGUGGCCGACCUGCUGUUCGCCAUCACCACGCCGGCGCUGGCCUACGUCCGUGUCCGGCCCGACUGGCCGUUCGGAGAUUUAGUCUGCCGGCUGUUGCCCUACUCGCAGUUUGUAUGCGGUUUUGUGCUACUAUGGACGCUGACACUGAUCAGCAUGGACCGGCACCGAUGCAUCGUCGUACCGCCAUACCGGUCGCAGCUGACGCCCCGCCGUGCUACCGUGCUCACCGUGCUCACGUGGCUGAUCGCGCUGGCCGUGUUCAUGCCCGUGCCGUUCUGGUUCCACGAGCAGGCCGUGCUGGGUGACACCGCGGUCAACGUGUGCACGCUGGUGUUCCCCAAGAACGACACGUUCAAAAUGUCCAUCGUGUUCACCGUGUCCGUGGUGUCGCUGUCCUGCAUCCUGCCGCUGUCGCUGUUCGUCUACCACUACCAGAGGAUAUUCCACAAGUUGAACAAGACCCGACGGCGGAUCGAGCACUCCGUCUCGCAUCGGGCCACAGCCGCCCACACCACGUCGCGGAACAGCCUGUCACCGCCCGCCAACGGUUCCAUACCGCAGGUGUUGGUGCGGCACGAGGAGCUCCGGUACAGGAAACACGUGCGCGUGGUACGCGUGCUGCUGAUCAACGUGAUCGUGGUGCUGGUGAUGUGGCUGCCGAUCACUGUCGUGAUGUGCCUGAUCUACGUGGACGGCAGCCGGGACACGGAGGACACGGGCUACUUCCUGCGGUCGCAUCACUUCAUCAUGGGCCUGCUGUUCGCGCUGCUCAACACGGUCGUCAACCCGAUCCUGUACGGCGUGCUGUCCGAGAACUUCCGCAAGUGCUUCGCCCGGCUGUGGUUCAUAUCGAAGCGCCGGCGGGCCAUGCACAGGGAACUGCUGGACAACGCCAGCAAGGGUGCCCGGACUCCCAGCAACGGCCACUACAACUCGACACUGCAGCCCGGCAGUUCGGCGUCCGUGGUCGAGCUGCCGGUCACCGCGGUCGCGUCGUCGUCCGCCACCAACGAGUGUUGGUGAGGUACCGAUGACGCCCGACCAUCACGUCCGCGAGGCCGGAACGGAACAGAACUGCAGUCACAUAAAAUGUCAUUAUUAUUAUUAUUAUUGUAGUUGAUUAUUGUAAUAUCGUAGGUACUCUAUUAAAUAUUAUGACUUAUAACAUAUACUACCCCUUAUUUGUUGUAAAAUAAUAAUAUGACGUAAUAUUAUGCGUAGGUAAUUGUAUUAUUAGCGCAAUAGAACAUAAUAUUUAGGUUGCAAGUAGGUAGGUAUGUGUACAUAUUAUAUUGUAUACAGAAGACACCACUUUACCUCCAACACUAUAACCGACCCAUACCUCCCAGCCCCAUACUCGAUCAACACAUACCUGCCUAUAUAGGUAUGUGUGUGGAUUAGGUCAGGUUAGACCUCGAUGAUGCCUAACCUGACCCGGUCACUUAUAAGUAAGGCCCGGAACUUGAUGCAUUUGCAUCUUUUAUUCUUAUGAUUAUACAUUCGCGAGGCUCGUCUUUACAGAAAUUUGAAAUAUUCAAACAAAAAUAUUAUAAAAUUUGGAAUAUAGAAUUUAAUGGUACAAUUUUUAUUUUGAAUUUUUUACAUUUUUAGGGAAUGCAUUGCUUUACAGUGAUCUUUUAGUAUUUUCGGUGCAUUAUAUACUAUUUUGUACUUUUUUUUUACAUAUAUUUGCAUUUUUCUUGUUGAAAGUUACACUUUAUUGUAACACACUAACACAUUAAGUUUCCAUUAGCUUGUCGAUUAUCGACGUUCAUUAUCUUUUUCGUUUAUUGUCGCAAUCAACGAUUUUUUAAAAAAAUAAACUGUAGGCAGAUACUAUUUUAGGCCCGGCCAAUCAGAAAAAAUAGAAACUAUAAAA